AUGGGCUCUAAAGCCGAUCAUCUCCACAUGCUUUUCUUCCCAUUCAUGGCUCAAGGCCACAUGCUCCCUAUGGUCGACAUGGCCAAGAUCUUCGCCGCCCGUGGUGCCCGCGUCACCCUUCUCACUACUCCCGUUAACGCCACCAUUAUCCGUCCCAAUAUUGAUGACUCAGUUCAUCUCCACAUCAUUCCUUUUCCCUCUACUGAAUUCAACCUCCCUGACGGGUGUGAGAAUGUAUCAUUUAUUCAUUCUGAUAACCAACACAUUAACUUCAUGAAAACUACGUCUUCGCUCCGCCGCCCUUUUGACUCUGUGCUUAGAGAUCUCAGGCCCGACUGUGUCGUAACUGACAUAUUCUUUCCAUGGACAAACCAUGUUGUAAUCGCGAGAGGUAUUUUGAGGCUUGUCUUUCAUGGCACCGGCAACUUCACGGUUUGUGCGAAAUGGGCUUUUAAGCAGUGCCGCCUGCUAACUGACAAGGUUGAGUCCUUUGUCCUGCCCAACCUCCCACAUCAAAUAGAGAUGUUAAAAACACAAGUCAUGGACUUCAACAACUUAGCAAGAAUGGAAACAGAGAUCCUCAUGAAGACAGCUAAUGAGGCGAAAGAGGUGCAAUCAAAGAGCUAUGGCACGUUGAUGAAUAGUUUCUAUGAGCUUGAGUCUGAAUAUGUGGACCUUUAUUGCAAGAUGAAGGGAAGGGCAUGGAAUGUUGGCCCAGUUUCUCUAUGCAACAAGGAGGUGAUCAACAAGUCAAUAAGAGGUGGGAAGUAUGCAACAUCUGUUAGUGAGUGCUUGAAAUGGCUUGAUAAAAGAUCAGUAGGCUCAGUUGUGUACAUUUGCUUUGGAAGUGGGAGCUCUUUCUCGAUGGAACAAUUGAGAUAUGAAGAGAGAAUUAAAGACCAUGGGAUGCUGAUAAAAGGAUGGGCCCCACAACUAGUGAUAUUAAAUCAUAAAGCGGUUGGAGGAUUUGUGACUCAUUGUGGGUGGAAUUCUAGUUUAGAAGGGAUUAGUGCGGGGUUACCGAUGGUGACAUGGCCAUUGUAUGCAGAUCAAUUUUAUAAUGAAAAGUUUUUGGUAGAUAUAUUGAAGGUUGGGGUGAUGGUGGGCUCAAAGGUGUACACUUCUAACGCAAAGUUGAGGCCGAUUGUGGAGGCUUCAUCACUUACAGCAGCUAUUAGGAGGUUGAUGGGGGAUGGGAUAGAUGCAGAGAAGAGAAGGAGGCGGGCAAAGGAACUUGGUGAGAUGGCGAAAAGAGCUGUGGAUAAGGGAGGGUCAUCUUAUGAGGAGAUUGAAAAUUUGAUGCAUGAACUAAUGGAACGAAAGAAGCAUGUGUAAGCAUGUGAAGCUUAGCUCAAGGAUUUUUUUCCUUCUUUCAAAUUAAUGCCUGGUUAAAUGUUCUCUCACGGAAGUUUUUAAUUAUCUUCUUAUUUAAAUGGUUUAUCAUUUUUUUUUUCU